UGAAUAAUAUGACCAUUCUUUUGUGGCUUUGUCUUUUGGUCGCGUUGGGGGCAAACACAAAUCAGCUUAGAAAUGUACAAUUAAUGUGGGCACAGGACUUUUUGAACCAACCAAGAUCUAUCCCAACGUUUUCAACUUGGUAUUGCGGGCAAAAAACACCAAGUGGGUCUUUUUUUUAUACAAUUUUCUUACUUUUUAAGUCUCACCCACUGUUAUUAAUGUAUAACAAAAAAGUUGAAGACAAGUCAACUAAUGCAUACUGGGCAAUUGAUGUCUCUAUCUCCGAUCCAAAGCUACUGAGGAUGAAUUGAUGAUAUUCAACUCAUGUACCUGCUUGGGAAAGAAAAUGUCAAAAACUUGUGUUCAAGAAAGAGAGAAAGUUGGAAUAAAGCUUCCUUCUGGGAGGACGGUUUAAAAAAAGGAAAAAGAAGGCUGAUGCUGAGAAAGGAGUUCAAUUGAUAUAGAAUAAAAGAUUGAAGAGAUAUUUGAUAGAGAGAAAGAAAGAGAGAAUGCGGUGGGGAUGCUGAAAGUGUAGAUGGAAGUGGGAAGAAUGUUCAAAAGCCAGAAAUGAAAACCAUUUACUUUAUACUAGUAUAUCUCUGAAGAUGCUCUGAGCUGUAAAUGAAAUAAAAGGUGUCAUAGCAAUGGCUGCAAUUCUUUACCAAUUUGGUGUGAUAGAAGUUCUUUUUGCUAUUAUCUUCCUCUUCUCCAACUUGCUGUUGCUUCCUUAUCCCUCCUCUUCUUUUCCUUUGUGCACAGAUUCCAGGGCACCUCUUGCCUUGAACACCAGGCUGAAAUUUUGUUCCUACAAUGGAAGCAGCUGCUGCAACUCCACAAAAGAUUCUCAAUUGCAGAAGCAGUUUCAAGCAAUGAAAAUCUCUAAUCCCAGCUGUGCCUCACUUCUGCAAUCAGUCCUCUGUGCAAGAUGUGAUCCAUUUUCAGCAAAGUUAUUCACAAUCGAUUCUGUGCCUCGACCAGUGCCUCUCCUCUGCAACUCUACUGUUUCAACAAAUUCAUCUCAGUCUAACCAAGAAAAAAAUGAUUUCUGCUCUAAAGUAUGGGAUACAUGUGAAAAUGUAUCCAUAUUGAAUUCCCCCUUUGCACCUUCAUUACAAGGGCAAGCUGGAGCACCUGUCAAAUCAAAUUUCACCAAAUUGACCGAACUUUGGCAGUCCAAAGCUGAUUUCUGCAAUGCCUUUGGUGGAGCAUCUACUGAUGGAUCAGUUUGCUAUGAUGGCGAACCUGUUACACUAAAUGAGACUGGAACUCCUAGUGCUCCGCAUGGCUUAUGCCUUGAGAAAAUUGGGAAUGGAAGUUACUUGGAUAUGGUUGCUCAUCCUGAUGGAUCAAACCGUGCAUUCUUCUCCAAUCAACAAGGUAAGAUUUGGUUGGCGACUAUUCCUAAAGUGGGAUCAGGAGGAACAUUGGAGCUUGAUGAAUCCAACCCCUUCAUAGAUCUUACUGAUGAAGUUCAUUUUGAUACUGCAUUUGGGAUGAUGGGUAUUGCAUUUCAUCCAAACUUUGCACAGAAUGGUCGAUUCUUUGCCUCAUUCAAUUGUGACAAGGGUAAAUCGCCAGGUUGUGCAGGAAGAUGUUCAUGUAACUCAGAUGUGAACUGUGAUCCCUCAAAACUAGGUACCGACAAUGGUGCCCAGCCAUGCCAGUAUCAAAGUGUUAUUGCAGAAUAUACUGCCAAUGGUACCGCAUCGCAGCCUUCCUUGGCAGAAAAUGCUAAACCAUCAGAAGUGAGAAGGAUAUUCACUAUGGGGCUUCCCUUUACUUCUCAACAUGGUGGACAGAUACUUUUUGGACCUACAGAUGGGUAUCUAUACUUUAUGACGGGGGAUGGUGGCGGUGGUGGUGAUCCAUACAAUUUUGCUCAAAACAAGAAAUCAGUGCUUGGGAAAAUCAUGAGGCUUGAUGUAGAUAAUAUACCAAGUGCAGCAGAAAUUAAUAAACUUGGUCUAUGGGGAAACUACUCUAUCCCCAAAGACAAUCCGUUCAGCCAAGACGAAGAGUUGCUGCCUGAAAUUUGGGCUUUUGGAUUAAGAAAUCCUUGGCGCUGCAGUUUUGAUUUGGAGAGGCCUUCCUAUUUUAUGUGUGGGGAUGUUGGCGAGGAUUUGUACGAAGAGGUCGAUAUCAUCAGCAAGGGCGGAAAUUAUGGAUGGCGUGCAUACGAGGGCCCAUAUCCUUUUAAUCCUAAAUCAUCACCUGGAGGGAAUACAUCUGUAAAUUCCAUAAGCCCCAUUUUUCCAGUUAUGGGAUACAAUCACUCUGAAGUAAACAAGAAAAUUGGAUCAGCCUCAAUUAUGGGAGGCUACUUUUACCGGUCCAACACCGAUCCUUGUAUGUAUGGAAGGUACUUAUAUGCAGAUUUAUAUUCUGGUGCAAUAUGGGCAGCAACUGAAGAUCCAGAAAAUAGUGGCAACUUUUCGACUAGCUCUAUUCCUUUUGGUUGUGCAAGAGACUCUCCUAUACAAUGCAGCACUGUGCCAGAAAGUGCUCUUGCAGCAUUGGGUUACACUUUCUCAUUUGGGCAGGACAAUAGCAAAGAUAUCUACUUGCUAACCAGCAGUGGAGUUUAUAGAGUUGUCCCUCCAAGUCGAUGCAAUUACACUUGCUCAAAGGAAAAAGUUACUGCUGUUGCAAGUCUAAGUCCUACCAUUUCACCAUCAUCACAUGCAAAGCUGUUGAUCAGUCCAGUAAUCUUAUUAUCUGCUUUUAUGCUGCUUUUGCUAGGUCUUGCCUAACAUGCCCUAGUUCCUAACGCUUUUCAUGCUGUGUAGAGAAGGGUAGUGUUUCUUUUUUUCUCUCGUCAUUUUUUUGGUUAAUAAAGAGAUGUAUUAGUUGCUUUAAUUUUUGCAACAUUGAGUGAGUUAAAAAUGAAAUGAAGAAAAGAAAAACACUUUACUCUUGUGUAAUUGAAUUCUUUCUUCGUUCAUCUUCAUUAAUCAGUCAUCAUUCUCCUUUGUAAUUGAACUCUUUUAUUACAUCUUAACAUGAUUCGUUCGCAUCCUGGUAAUUAAGUUU